AUAGAUGAAAAAUCGAGUCGAUAGUAAGUAAAAAGAGGAAAAACUUGACCAAACAGUUAACCACACUGCUGCGAUUCAAUUGCUAAAGUUGCUUUCGCACGCACUUCCUCUCUUCACCAACUGCUGGCUAGCAUACGAGACGACGAGGAGUUUGUCUCUCGUGCUCUCGAGUCCUCUUCGGUCUUCCGCCGACUUUGAGCGUUUGAGCAUCCAUCCCCCGCCCGCAAUCGAUGGGGUCGAAAGAGGGCGAGCACCACCCACUGCUAUGCUCGUUUUUCUGUUUUUUUUUCUCGUUACUACUACCAACCGCGGCGGGCUGGCUGCUUUUGAGCUGAGCGAAGAAGCUGGUCAGGCUGAUGAUGUACGGUACAGAUCCAGCUCACACAUUCGAACUCACCAAAAUCAAACCGUCAACUGAUUCGUUGCGCUGCACGAGCAUCUGCUUGAGCCAGAAUGAGAGUUCUACUAUCGUAUAAAUUCACGCCAUCCAGAUGGUCACACAAAUGCAUGGGAGGUGAGUGUAGUACGUGAUUACAGUCCGUUCGUUUGUCGUCAUGUAUCGCCUAGCUGGAAGCGGAUGUUUCAACAAAACACGGCGGCACGGACAAUUUAGACCCAAAAUACAGAAGUCGAUGAUUCUAAUUAGAACAUCAAAGCAUGGCAGUAAAACAAAAGCGAAUGGAAUGUCUCAUCAUUACAAAUUUAAACGAUCAAAAUCAGUUAAAGCUAUAUAAAAUUGAGCAGCUUUGCUGCUUUGAAAAUAAUUCUGACAUGAUUUUAUCAAAUUAAAGAACACGGAAUUCUGCAUGUGAAAAUGCAGUCGAUUUGUAGUUUAAUGAUUGACACACCCGUCCAUCACAGUAGCCUUUCCAUCUUGAUACGCGGUCUGUCACUUUGCCUUGCUGAAACAAUGUUCCGCAACACGUAUCAGCGAGGUUUUCUGACCGUGUUCUCCAGCAGUGGAAGCAAACCGUUAGAAAUCUGGGAUAUCAAAACUAAGAAUGGUCACACCAAGCGUACAACGGACGAAGAUCUGAAACUGAUGGUCUUCGAACUAAUGGGAGUCAAUGUGGCGACUACUUUUAUGGUCGCCCCGAAAUGCCCAUGCCGUUCACUAGGCGUUAAGCUACCAUUUCUGGUAUUGUUACUGAAAAACUUAAAGAAGUUUUUUUCAUUCGAAAUUCAGAUAUUAGACGAUCGUAACAUGCUGCGUCGUUUUCGAGCCUCCAACUAUCAGAGUACGACUCGCGUGGACAAUUUUUGCACGGUGAUGCCUUUGGCACUGACACCUGGUUGGAACCAGAUUCAGUUUAACUUGGCCGACUUUACGAGGCGAGCCUACGGUACAAACUAUAUCGAAACGGUACGAAUUCAGAUUCAUGCCAACGUUCGCAUAAGGCGAAUCUACUUCUGUGAUCGUCUGUACACUGAUGAUCAGGUACCUCCCCAAUUGAGAUUGCAUCCUCCGGUGCGUCCGUGCAAGAUCACUGAAAUCGCCGGACGGAAGGGUAAGAAACCGGCCGAACCGAUAGAGACCGUCAAACCACCAACACCGGUAAAGGAAACGGAACCAUCAAACAAAGCCGAUGGUGCUGAACCAACGUUAGAGCAGCAAAUGCCUGAACCGAUCCCUUCCCGAGCAAUUAGUUUCGCAGAAUCACCGGAAACAGGCGAGCGACCCCAGGAGCCCUCUCGAACAGUCAGCAUUGCAGAACCGCCAGUUGCAGCCGAUCAAACGGAGUUUGCUGAAGUGACUUUACCCGCAGCUUCGCCUGUAUUGGAAAUACCCGUGGAGAACUAAAGCAGUAUGUUUUCGAA